CACUGCAUUUCUGCAUCAUCAACAGCCACUAUGGUAUCCACAGUUUCACUUAGAGCACUCCUCUUGCUUGUUCUUUUGACUCAAAGUGCUGAGCAACAGACUGUGGACAUUCAAACUCUUGGCCGUAUUAUAAGCUUCUUUGAUCAGAACUAUCAGACUUUCAGUGUGGAAAACCACCCAAAGCAGUACGCCGUCGCCAUCAAUGUAGAUGAGACUCAAUGUAAAGGGAAUUUUAAGCCUUCACAGAACAACUUCCUGAAUAAAGAGAGUCCAGAUGUGAAAACAUCACGUCCACUUUAUACAGGUCAAGAGCUUAUUGUAGCAGGUGUUAAAAAUAUGCAGGGAUUCAGUAUACAUGCAGAGCGUCUCUUACUCACUUCCACUGAAAACCUUCAAACAACACCCAUGCAAGACCUGUUAAAUAAAAGAAAAGAGCAAAGCUGUACUAUCUUCUACAGCUACAAAUCUCCCUGUGUUAAAUCAUGCCUUAACGAGUCGAGCGAUUAUAACAUUCUGGCUGGCCUGGAGAACUGGAGCAAGCACAGUUCAAUGAAAGCCUUUGUCUUUAAGGAUAUAUUUUGGAAUGAGAAAAAUUCAGAAGUACUUCAAAUGAACUUCAAGAAGAUUGUGGCUCAUGUUCCUCUCUACCGCUGUGUGACUGAGAAUGAGUGUUAUGCUUGUAAAGGUGAAGGAAACACUGCUAUAGAUCAGCAAUGUCUAAACCAAGCAUGAUAAGAUUAGGGCCGUUUUACUUU